CUUCAGCCUCCGCGCGUUUUAAUGCGAUGGUGUCCCCACGCGAUCAAACUUGAGCGUCACAGCUGGGAACUGGCUUCGCGGUCCCUGAUGGGAGAGCAUGAACAGGUGUGACCCUCUUUUGGCUGGCCUACCCCGGCACCCCAAUUACUCUGUGUCUGGCCAGUCUUCAUCUCCUUCACGCUCCAACGUGUGUCUGCCUGCUAACCGGAAAGGUGAAAAGUUCUGGGGCUCUUCAUCAGAUAAGACUUUGGACUGCACGACUCAGUGGUCCAGGAUCUCAGAGCUCGAGAACUUGGGACCCGCUGCCUCUGAGGACACAGUGAGGAGUGUAGACGGCAGGCCAGGGCGGGGCUUGGGGCCUCAGCCACAUGGGGCUCCUCCCACCUCCAACCCAGACCUGCAGAAGGACAGCUGUAACGACCAGAACUUUGUGAAGAGACAUUACGACAUAGCUAAGAAGCCCUUGGAGACCAGCUCUUCCAAAGUCAAAGUGAAGUCCACCAUGAUGAUUCCUGACUCCCAGAAGCUCCUGCGGUGUGAGCUGGAGUCACUAAAGAGCCAGCUACAGGCCCAGACCAAGGCUUUCGAGUUCCUAAACCACUCUGUGACCAUGUUGGAGAAGGAGAGCUGCCUGCAGCAAAUCAAGAUCCAGCAGCUUGAAGAAGUGCUGAGCCCCCUGGGCCGCCAGGGCGAGAAGGAGGGACACAAACGGGGCGUGGAGCAGGGCCGGGAGGAGCUGUACGGGGCUCUGGCCCAAGGCCUGCAGGGACUGCAGAAGACCCUACGUGACAGUGAGGAGGUACAGCGGGCCCGCACCACCCGCUGUUUGCAGCUGCUGGCCCAAGAGAUCCAGGAUAGCAAGAAGUUCCUAUGGGAGGAGCUGGAGUUGGUGCGGGAGGAGGUGACCUUCAUCUACCAGAAGCUCCGUGAGUGUCCGACCCACAGCCUCAGGGGGGUCCUUCUGCAGCCCCUGUGCCCCAUAUCUACUAUAAUGCUUGUAAAACUAUCUAAAAAUGCCUCUAAGGAGGUCAUGAGAUCUAGACUGGUACCCACGGGGCUUGAGACAGGCCAGGGGGGCUUUCCAAGCCACCUACCAGAUCCAGACUCAAACCGAGCAUCUGGCCAUGCCGGAAUCGGGUGUCUUAGCCACCACACCACCCAGCUGCCCCCGCCCGGCAUCAUUAUUCGUGUCGCUCUUUCGUCCUCCCCCUCCCCCUCCUUCCCUGCCCAGGUCCUGACCAAGAUGAAGCAGCAGGGCUUCGAGAUGUCCUCGUGGCCGCUGACCGAGGAGGUGCCAGAGGGAGCCGAUGACUGCUGGAAAGAUGACCUCCAGAAGGAGCUGAGUGACAUAUGGUCUGCUGUACAUGAGCUGCAGAACUCCAUAGACGGCCUCGCCAUGUCCUCGGGGUCCCGCCCCCGGGCCUCGAGCCUCAGGGGCCACAAGGGACACCGGUGCUUGAGUCCUCCGCUCCCCUCUUGGGACUCAGACUCUGACUCGGAUCGGCACUGGUACCACCCCACUUUCAGCAAGAGCCGAUCCUUCCCUGCUUGAGCAGCGGGACUGCUCUCCCUGAAGACCCCUCCAGAGAGAAAAUAAACUAGCAGAGACCCUCCUCCGCCCUGGACUGCGCCUCUGUGUC